AUGGCAGUUCAGAAACUCCGGCGGCUGCUUGCCGGGGUUCAGUCCCGGCUGUCGGCUUGUAAAUACCGCCCCGCCAAACAGCUUAGAGAACGUGGCAGCAAGCUGAAAACCUACAACCACACCUCGCAGUCCUACACACACACACACACACACACACACCACCCACACCGACGCCCUCGCGGGCGGGCGCUGUCAGUCCCAGCACCCACCCGCUGUUUGGGCACCAAUCGGCCCCGGGACGCACGCGGGCGAGAGCCGGGCAGAGCGGGCGGCGCACCGGAGGGGGCCGGGACCUCGAGAGACUCCGGGGCGGGCAGGCCCUGGCCGUGUCUCAGCCCGCAGCCCGCCGUCCCGACCCGCCACCACGCCGCGGAGCCGGCGCCCGCGAUUGCAGAAAGAGCGAACUGGGUCCCGAGGCCCUCCGGCCCGGCCCGGCCCGACCCCGCGGCUCCUCUUCGGUUCCCGCCGCUGCGCCCUGCUCGCGGGGUCCUCGCGCUCCUCCACGACCCCGGGGGCCACAUCUCCCUGCGCCGGGACUCGUCCCUGCCCGCACUGGUCCCACGUAGACAGGCUGGCGCCUGCAGCCGGGGACGCACGCCGAGUGAGACGCACACGGCCCCGGGACGGUGGCUCGCUCCGGGCCGAAUCCCUGGCUGGGGCGCCUCCCGUCGGGUCGGGGAAGCGAAGCCCCCACGCCCCUCCGGGUGGCACAAAAGUGCGGGAGGCCGUGCGGGCGGGAUCGGCCGCCGCCACCUUCCGCGAGGGGUCGGGUUGGCGCUCGGCGCGGCGGACUCGCAGCCUGGGGUCCCAGCCCGCGCGCAGGGGUGGCGGCUGCAGCCCCGCUCGGUGGGGUCUCCCGCGGCCCUACUCUUUGCCAUUUCCCUUUCCUUCAGCCCUUCCUGGGCGAACUCUUCACUGCAGAAAACUUUCUCCCUGCGUUUUGGCCCCACGUCCCUUCUGCCUUCAGACUCCGCCAGGCGAGGAAGGGCUAAGGCAGCCGGGGCCGCGGUGUCCGAAAGGAAAACCCAGAAGUGGCUUCUUGCGUAACCCUUCCCUGUACAGCCUGCUGUCUGCUGGCCUGGCCUUCCAUCCCAGAGAUAGCAGUGUUUGGAUUUGUUAUGUAAGGAAGGGAGGAUUAGAGGUUUACUCUGCUCCUCCUCCCCCCACCAAAAUAAAAGUCCUCAAAAGGCGCCUUUUGCAGACACCGUCUUUUCCAACAGCAGCCCUCCUAGAAGAAGUCAGUCUGGUUCCUAGAGCUGCUCCCAAGCUUGGGCCCAGCGCAAUCCUCUGAGGAGACUUGCCAGCUUGCAGCGAAGGGAGAGUCCCUGAUCCAGGGUGGACCGGCUUGUCAGAGGAAGUCACCAUAAGGCUUCCCAGGCUGGCGCUUACCUGGCUCAGAGGACUAGCUUUCUGUUGGAGAAGGCUGCUGCUAGAAUUUUGCCCCUUCUUCUGUGUCUGCUCCUAGGAGCAGGCAUCCAGACCACGGAGAGCAUUCCUCUCAGCUGGGGAGCACGCAUUCUCUGUGCUUUGCACGCCUUUGCCGUGUUCCCCGUGCAUUUUCCACACCUUAUGUCUCUCCAGCAUCUAAAGUCCCCUUUUCCACCGUGCGACACAAAUUACCUUAAAAGACGAAUUUAGAUAAGAAGAUCAGAGCUGACUGUUCUCACCUGCAAGAAAUUAAAUGUGUGAGAUAAGUUGCCGCUCCAA